AUGUCGAGCCAACCCCUCCUCCAAACCGCGCCAGGUAAACGCAUCGCCCUUCCCACGCGCGUCGAGCCCAAAGUCUUCUUCGCAAAUGAGCGCACCUUCCUCUCCUGGCUCAACUUCACCGUCAUCCUAGGCGGGUUAGCCAUCGGGCUCCUCAACUUCGGCGACAAGGUCGGCCGCAUCAGCGCGGGGCUCUUCACCUUCGUCGCCAUGGCCGCGAUGAUAUACGCGCUGUUUACCUUUCACUGGAGGGCGAAGAGUAUACGGCAGAGAGGGCAGGGCGGUUUUGAUGAUCGAUUUGGGCCGACGAUCCUGGCGGUCGCGCUGCUGGCGGCGGUGAUUGUGAAUUUUGUGCUGAGGGUUACGGGGGCGGCGGGCAGUAGUUAG